GAAGCUGUUCAAACACGCAGUUGAUUCUGAUCGUUCAGUUUGUAUGACAACUAUAUGCUAUAGUGAUCCGAUCUGAUCAAUUUCUACAAAGAUUACACCCUUGCCCAAGAUAAUAAUAUAUGCCAAAUUUUGUGAAGAUAUCUCGUAAACUAAAAAAGUUUUCCAUACAAGCGCUUGUUUCUGGUCGUUCAGUUUGUAUGGCAGCUAUGUGCUAUAGUGGUCCAAUAUCUGUUUUUCCGACAAAUGAGCAGCUUCUUCAUGUGAGAAGGGUAGGUGCAAAAACUCAGAUCGAUAUCUCAAAAACUGAUGGACAAGUUUGUAUAUAUACAUGGCUGAAUCGACUUAGCUCUGUACGCUGAUCAUUUACCGUGAUAACAUAAAAAACAACCACCAAAAUUAAAAAUAUAGCAAUAGCAACUACGAAAAGAAAACAACAGCAACAAAAAUAGCCACAUCAAAACGAAACACAAAAUACAAAAAUAAAUAAAACAAAUAAAAACCAAAACACAUCAAAAAAUAAAAACAAAAACACAAGAAAACGCAAAUUGAACGUCACGAAAAAUCGUGAAAGCCCCGAAAACACACACACUAUAUGCAUAUAUGAUCAACAAAUUGCCAGCGAGGAGAGUACGAAGUAAAAAAAUAGAAGGAGAAAAGUCCGCGAUUGCCGUGAUGCGGUAAGUAAAACAAAAAUAUCGAGAUACUAUAUAGAGAACAAAGAAACACUUAUUUUCGAACAUGGCACAGAAUAAAAGCAACGAACCGAUGCUGGAAGCGAAGCCGUGUCAGAGAAUAGGAGAGCAGCGGAGAGCAUGACUUUUGAAAUCAGUGCAAUAAUAGCACCAGUAAGAGCCAUUUGGAGAGAGAGUUGUAGAAAAGAUAAGCAAAUAUGAUGGAAAAUGCGAGAACGUGCAAAUGAAAAUUGGAAAAGCUCGGAAAGCUUUGCAUGAAAACGUCACCAAUGGAAAUUAACCAGAUCAGUGAGGCGGUUGGAAUAUUUUGGCCAGCCAGCCGACAGGCCAGAUGUGUUGUUAUCCAACGCUCAAACGGUGCAGUAGUCGAUAUCGCGGAACGAUCACGCACAGAACGCACCGACGGUUAGCGCGAGUAUCGAAAAUCGCACAGGCAGUGAUUGAAAGUGUAUAAAAACGUGAAGUUAACGUGGCGGAUUAAGAAGUAAACUUUUGUUUGGAGUGUGGUGGUGGAAGAUAAAAUAUUUGUUGAUGUGGUAGAAAUAGUAAAAUAACGAUGAUUUGCAGGCAUUUCAAAUAUUUCCACAACAACGAGCAAAGUGAAAAUUCGCAGAAAUUCAAAAUCAAAAUAAACUUUUCGCGAAAUACAAAAAUAUUAUAAAAAACAUAGUGAGUGAGGAAAGAAUUCACAAAAAAUAAUAAAAAAGGAAAAAAGAAACAAAUAAAAAGUGAAUAAACUCCGCAAAGAUGCCGUUGGCUUUCAGCGACUAGCGGCACUUUUUCCCCUUGCUCAUUUAAGUGGGCGAACAAACUGCCAAAAUGCCAUUGAAAUAUUAAUAACUUAUUUAACACAACACAAAUAAUUUUUUUCUACAAGUGCGUGUUUGUGUGUGUGAAUGCCACUUGCGAAUAAUCGCGUAGAAAGCGACGGCCUCCAAGCGGCAAACGCAAGUUACCCCACAACAGGUGGCUCAUUUUCCGCGAGCGCCAAAGCGAAAUAAAUAAAUAACAAACAGAAAUUUUAUGACAAAUUGACAAUUAAGCAAAAUAGAAAGCAACAAUUAAUACGCUGUGUAACAAAUCAAGGUGAAAACUUACGCGUCUGUUAGUUUGGCAAGCGCACGUGGCCACGCGCCGCUGAAAACCUUUGCACACAAAGCUAAUUGCUGCGAACUGGCGGUCCUUAACGAGCGGGAAAUGAUGAAGCACGACGCCGCCACCAAGCCUUUAGCCAUUGGUGGACCGAGCGCAAUGGCGCCAGCUACGGGCACGUCCUCAUUAAAGCGCGGCUUAUGGCGCAACCGCAGCGUGACCGAAACGCCCGUGUGCGCGCGUAGCCCCAUCACGAAAGCGUUUGAUUUUCUGCCUUGGGGACGUGGCAAAAAGGCGGGCGAUAAAACGCAAACGCAAACACAAACACAACAACAACAACCACUAAAACAACAACAAAAAACCAACGCGACGUCAACGAACGCAAAGUCAACAAACAGCAGCGCUGGCGGCAACACAAACAGCAACAGCACAGGCAACAACACGAAUGCGGGCGCCGAUAAGGACGCGGGCGUACACUAUCACCGAAAUAUCUUUCGCAGCGGCGGCGGACUCAUACGCGACAUACUCGGCGGUGAUAAGUUGAACAAAGAGAAAGGCGCGCCGGAGCUGGCGCUGAAAAAAUCCAAUCAACGCCUUAAACCCAAGCAAGUGGUGGCGCGCAAUAAGAGUCUGGACAUACACGAACUCAUCAACACCGUUGAGAAUGAGCUUAGCGCGGGGCAGCAGAAGAACGGACGCAAACAUUUUAUGGACGACACAUUUAUUGAGAAUAUAAUGCGCGCCAAGGAAGCCUACCGCCAAGCGAACGACGAGCUGUGCGACGACGAACAGGCCGGCGAUUACCGCUAUGUGGAUGAGACGGAUGAAAGUGAGGGCAACGGACGGCGGCAAGCGCAUAAAGAGCAGCGCGCAAGCGACGAGCAGUUACAUUGCAUGCCUUCGAGCAGCGGUGGCAACGCGACUACUGCGGCGCAUGCACCCGCGCGUCACAUACUCUUCAAUGACGAGGACAUUGUGUAUCUGAUAAAGAAGGAGCUGCCGGUCAUGAGUAAAACAAAGCGCAAAGUGUCGAGCCAUCCAGCGGAGAAGGAACAUCAGCAGCAGCAGCAGCAACAACAACAGCUGCAGCAGUAUCAACAAUAUCAGCAGCAACACCAUCCACAACAGCAAGCGCGUGAGCGCGAACGUGAAAGGGACCGUGAACGCGGGCGUGACCGCAGCGAACGCAGUGAAAGUGUGUUGAGGGCGCGCCUGAAGUUCAAGAAAUUGACACCGGACGGCACACCGUUACCGCAUCGCCGAUCUACAUCCGCACAAAUGCUCAAUCAUAAUCAGUAUCACAAUCAGAGCGAAUACAAUGGCGUCGAGUAUGAACAACCGCACGCGCGCAAUUAUCAGCAAUCGCGGUCGGUCAAUGACAGCUACGCGGCUGCUGGCGAUAAUAGUAAACGCGGCAUAUUGCAGCGACAAAACACUUCACCGGCGCUAAUGAGUCUGGCCAGCGAAAGCGCAAAUUCUAAUGGCAACGGAAAUGGUGGUGGCGCCGCUUAUGAUGAGGAUGCUUCACACCAUCUGAGUCCGGAAAAUCGUCGGCGCCAUCAUCAACUCUAUCAGCGCGGUGAGCAGCGUGUGCAAUUACAGCGUCGCAAAUCCUUCACCGGCUAUGACAAUGCGCAGUUAGGCAAUUGCAGCAGCAGUAGCAGCAUGGCGAGUGGCGGUGGUAGCGGUAGUGGCGCGGGUAGCACUAACGCGCCAAGCGGUGAACAACCGCGCGGCGAGAAACCGCGUAAGAAGCUCUCCUUCCGCGAACCGGUGGCGGAUAAACCGCGUGUGCGGCGACGCAGCUCGCCGCUACAGCGUCCGGAAAGCGCUAACGCUGAUGGCGCCGAGACAUCUCCGGUUGGCAAAGAGUCAAGUAAUCGGCUCACUAUAGACGAUGGUAUUAUUACAAAUACGAGCGCGCAUAAAGUGAGCUGUGAUAAUUUGAGCGCCAGCAGCAGCAGCGCUGCUUUAAUGCCAUUACCUGAUAACCGCAAUUACGCUGCUCAGUUUAAUAAUAUUGCGCUGGAUGCGGCGGGCUGCUGUUUUGUGGAUAAUGCGAAUUUAACAAUGGACUUUGAGUCACAAGCGAUGCGUAUUGUACGCACCGUCGGUCAAGCCUUUGAAGUAUGUCACAAAUUUAAUCUUCAUAAGAAUUCCUUGGAUCACAACGACGAACGCUCGGAUGUCUCAUCCGAGUUACUCGAUGUAGAACGCAUUUCGGUACAACAGCUGACAGAUGACGAGCUGGAUAAGAAAGAGCCGCUGACCGCUGUGACGGACAUAAAGCCACCGCAAAGACCGAACCAUCUGGAAUUGGUGCCACACACCAGUUCGAAUAUGCGCAAGUCACCCAGUUUGUUGACCGCUGACGAAGACAAAUCACCCACUACACCGUCGUCGCCCAGUCAUGAGAUCACCAAACUAAAGGAUCAAUUGGAGCAGCAGGCCAUACAAACGCGCCAGGCAUUGGCACAGCUGAUGUUGGUGCGCGAGCAGCUUAUAUCGGAAACGAAUGCGCGCAUUGAGGCUCAGGCACGCACACAGCAACUGCUGCAGCAGAAUCGCGAGCUGCUCGAGCAUCUGGCAUCGCUGGGCGCCUACAACGAACAGCAGAGCGCCGGACUGACUUCGGCCAAUAUCGGCAUGGCACCACAGCUGCAAAUGUUAUUGCAAGCUACCGGCAACAACAACAACUUGGCCACCAUCAAUCAACAAAUCAACAGCCUUGGCUCCAUCAACCAACAGCUGACAUCGCUCAGUCAUCAGCUGAGUGGUUUGAAUCAGCAAAGUCAGAAUAUACAAAACUUCCAGAAUAUCAACGCCGCAGCGGCGGCCGCUGCGCAACAGCAACAACAACACCAACAGCCAUCACCGCCACCCGUGAGCCAGCAGCAGCAGCUGACGCCACCCUGUUCGGCUGCCCCGUUGCAACAGUCGCAGUUGCACUUGAAUAUAGCCACCGCGGCGAACGCCAACAAUGGCAACAACACCAACAACAACAGCAUUAAUAACAAUAACGCCUGCGGCGGCGGCGGCGGCAGCAGUCCAUUCCCUACAAUGAAUCAAUUGCAGCGCAUAAGCAAUCAGCUACAACAACUCAAUGCGCAAGCGACGCAGUCGCAGCAAGACGCGUUGUCGAAGGACCUCUUCCAAGUCAAUCAGGAGCUGCUGAAUCGGCUGCAGGCGCUGAAUUUGGGUGCCAGCAAUACGAACGCCUUGACGCUCAAUACCGGCGCGCCCAUGGCCAGCGCCCAACAGACGCCAUCGCCGCGCAACUCUUUCUUCUUCGUUAACCCGAUGUCGGUGAGCCCAGCGAACAACAACAACAAUGCUGGUAAUUUCAAUUUUCUCAGCUCGCCAAGCGCGCUGUCCGGUCAGCUGACGCCAUCGCCCAUGAGCACGCUCACGCGCAACUCAUUUGCGCACAGCGCGCAGCUGCAGCAGCAACAACAUGACGUGGAUGCAUUACAACAACAGCUGAGCAGCAUCGAUCAGAACUUGAACCUAAUCGAUGAACAAUUGAUGAAGCCACUCGGCGGUUCGAUGACAUCGACGUCCUCCAAUGGCAAUAUAGCCGCCGGCAGUCCCUCGGGUACGCGCGAAUCCAGUCGCUCCUCGUCGACACUGGACUCGGCGUCACCAUCAUCGCCGCGCAUACGUACCGGCGGCAUCGCCAACAACAACAACAAUGAGCCACGCUUCAACACCGUCAUGCUGAAAGUGACCGACGAAGCGGGUAAUGUGACGAAUCAGCGCAAGCUCUCGGCCACGCCAAGCUUCAUACAGCGCAGCACAAGCGAAAAAGUGCCGAAUCGCAGUCAAAUUAUGAGUCAAGUGCAACGAACGGCCUGGGCGCGUCACACCACUAAAUAACAGUCGGCCGUAGGUGGUGGUGGUGGCGAGGAAAGCGUUAUGGAUGCCGUCUUAAUAGAAAUCUAGUUGAGCAUAAAUUGGGCGGGUAGCUGUAGCACAGCGUUGUGGAUUGUGCUGCAACAGUAGUAAAUAACGGUUUUUAUAAAUAAAACUCCAAUCCUAGUAUAUUUACGGAGAAAUGGUUAAUAUAAGGCGGUAGUAUACAUUUUAGGGUGGUCCAAAAACAAUUUAAAACUGUUUGAUUUUUUCUAUAUUUUUUUUUCAUAAAUUUAAAGGGGUUAAAUAGUUUAUUUAUAGAAAAAUGGCCGAUAUACGGCAUAAGUAAGAAUAUUAGGAUGGUUCAAAAAAAAUACAUUUUUUUUAUUUUUUCUCUGAUACAUAUAAAUUUAAAAGGCAUAAAUAGUUAAUUUCAAGAAAACUGGCUGAUAUACAUUAUUAGUAUGAAUAUUGGGGUGGUUCUAAAAAAAUAAAAUUUGGGAUUUUUAGUAUUUUCUAUAAAUAACUUUCUUAAAGUAAUUUAUUUGCAACAAAUAUUUCAUAUGUCUUGUUAUGCAAAUAAGGGUGGUUCUAAAAAAAUUAAUUUUUUGGAAUAUUCCUAUUGUUUAUUAAUAAAAUCUCAUAACUUGUUUAUUUACUGAAGGAUCAGCCAUUUUAUGCAGCGUUGAUAGACUACAAAUAUUAGGGUAAUUCUAAAAAAAAGUGUGUAAUUUUUCUUUCAAUUUUGCUAUUAUACCAUACUACUAUGAUCAAAAUUACCACAUAUAAUUUUUGGUCGUUUUUGAAGAAAAUUUUACACGCUCUUCAAAGUGUCAAAGCUCGAAUUCUUCUUUGACGGCUCAAAAUAAAUUUUAUUUAACCCUAACCGUAUAAGAGCCAUGCCAAACUUUAUAUACAUAUAAUACGUUAUAAUGUUUUGAAAACACAACUGUAAAUUCUACAGAUAUAAAAUUUCAUGUAUAUAUUUAAGGACCACCCUAACACAUACAUAUAUAGUAUAUAUACAUGCAAAGAGCUGUUGUUUAGAAUUUGUAAAAACUACUUUCUAUUAUUAUAAGUCCACAUAAUAUAUAUAGUAUAUACAUAUAUAAAGCGAUAAAUUGAUAUAUCGCAAAGAAAUUUCAUAUCUUCUAGACUUAGUUCAACUAAAAAAGUAAAAAUGUAAAAAAAAAUUAUAUUGUUCCUCAAACAAUAUCAUAAAUUCAUAUAUCCAAUUUUUUGCUUGUUUUGUAAUUUAGCUUUUAAUUUACAGUAUUAAUACGGAACUUGUAAAAAUAGUCUAAUUGUUGAGCAGUUAAAAUAUGUAUUUGAAUCAAAAUAAACCGUUAGCAUAUGGUUUGUCAGCAGUACUAUGUAUAACUGUUAUAAAUUUUUGAUAAUAAAAAUCAGUAUCGAGUCGUUAUGUUGCA